AUGAAAGGAGCUAAGAAACCAUGCGAGGUCGAUUUCCUUGAUGUCUCUAGAGCACACCCACUUAGUUUAGAGCUUGCAAGUCUGAAAGAGUCUCUCGCUCAAUAUCAGCACACCGCACAUGCGCUAUCAGUACAGCUUCAGCGGGCGGCUUUGGAAAAGCUGAAUGCGCAAAAUGAGGUCCACAUCUUGCAGCAAACCAAUGUCUUCCUUGAACGUGAAGUCAAGCUUCUACACACACAAGUCGAGCGUCCGUCUCAACAACCAUCGCAAAUCCACUCUGAUCUAUCACUCACACUUCUCCGAGCGCAGGAAAAGACCAAGUUCUUGGAAGAGGCCCUGUCUGAGCAUAUAAGGAACCAUGUAGCUUCGAGAUCGAUACGGGACAGUCUGAUUUUGAAGGUUGAUUCCCUGGAAAACAGUCUCUCAAAUGCCCACUUCCGUGAGGAAAGCGCUCUUCAACGGAUAACUGUCCUGGAACGUGAGACUCGUCAAGCCUGCAUUGAGAAGGAGAUGGCGGAUCUUGCGUUGACGGAGUAUGCAGACCUUGUGCGCAAACUUGAAGGUCGGACCGCUACCUCAAACGAGUUUUGUAGUCUUCCUCUCACUUCACAUGCUGAAGUCAAUCCAACAAUCCAGUCUCUCACUGAUGCCCAUGCUGGAUUGCGGAGGCUUUUGGUUGACUCGCACCAAGAGGUCGAUAAAUUGCACGCGGAAAUCAAAAAUCUCCAUGUAACAAUGGAAAAAUUACAAGCUAAUUUACAGGCCAAACAAGGUGAAGAGCAGGCAUAUCAGCGCCAGAUUACUGCAUUGGAAAGUAGAUUGGGCUUGUAUGAGGCGGAAGAUGGAUCUGCGAGCCAGAUGGUGGAGAAGUAUAUGUCAUUCUCUCAGGCGUCAACCCAAGCUUUGCAAGCCUCAUUAGAGCUCGUGAAGUCUCGGCAUUCCGCCUCGCAAAACACCUUGCACCACAAGAUAGAGACCCUCGAAUUGGCCCUUAAGGGAGAGCGCGUUUUACAUGACAGUCUGAGGCAACGCUUCGAUGUCGUUGCCGAAGAAAUAUCUCGGGCUAGUUUUGAACGACGCCGGGAGGCAUCUCUGCGACUAAAACUGAUUGCACGCGAAGAGUGUCUAGCCGAGGGUCUACGUAGAAUCAUCUGCAAGCUCGAAGAAGCUGUGUCAAGUCAUUCUAUCGGUAGUUUGAAUGCGGAUGGUGACCACACCUUGAGGAACAUUCUACGCAUGGCGCUUGCGCUUCAGGGCUCCUUAGAUGGCCCUGGCAGUUUAGAGUCAAGUGAUGGAUCUCUUGGUCGGCUCAUUCUUGCCCAUAACACGCUGAACGAGGUGUUAUCGGAAUUGGAAAGAGAAUCUGAGAGGAGGCUCGUGCUUGAGAACCAGUUUCCAGUCUCCACUCAGAGGGAAUCGUCAUCCGGGGUCAGAUGCCUUGAGGACCAGAUAUUGGCCUUACUUCUUAAAGGCUCCAUUACUGCGCCUGGAGAAGCGUCCGGUUCAUCGACUGAUGCAACGAUCAAAGAACACUCACUACAACCCGGCGAAACUGUUGAUUUUCCUGCCCACCUUACCCCGGGUCACGUCCCAACAUAUGGCUUCACCCAGAACCAUUAUGGCCAGCCGACUCUACCCGCAUGUGCUGUUGUGGAGCGAGUGCUCGAUAAGCAUCAGCAGCUGCGGCAGCAAUUCCGCGACUGUCGUACCGGCGUCGUAACCGUGCUGGAGCAAAUUGAAGGCGCAGUGGAACCUGCCAUGAGUUACCAUGGAGGUUUUCGCGAAACAGCUUUUCGCUUUCUGUCCAAAGUUGGGGCUCGGUUGAGCGAUAUAAUCGAAGACGUCCUGGUGGAAAUCGAAAUCAGAGUCUCCGAUGACAUGCGUUCCAUUCAGGGAUUCCAGACACUCCUGAACCUUACCAAGGAACCAGAGUUCCCUUCCCCCCAGGGCCAUUCAUUUGCGGAAAUCCAAGAAGAUUUCCAGAAGUUCACGAAUGAAGCAUCGUCCCCCUCUCGACCUUACAACAAAGCGCUGGAGCAGAAGUUAGGCGACAUUCAGCAUGAUCUAGCAGUGCUCAAGCUUAUCUUUCAUGAAACAUCAACUCCCUCUCUAAUGACUAAUCAUCUCUCUGACUCAUCCCGAUGGGAUGCCUUCAUCUCCUCCUUGAGUUUCCGCCUGGGCAUGGUUCCUAUUAAGACCCAGGACACCAAUUCUCCAACCGUAUCGUAUGGCACUCAGAGAAUCCUGGACCAUUCUCGAAUUUCUGGCAUCCUGGGCCUGCGUUCCGUUACUCGCAGGGAUAAGUUUUCGGGAAUUACACUAGAAGUAACUCCAAGAGGAUCGAUAGAGGGUGGCGUCGAUGUAGAGUGA